AUGAGCUUGAAAAGGAGUAACACCCGGUUUGGGUUUCUUAGAGCCACCCUUGACUCUGACGAAAACGGGUCGAAUGGCACGGCAUCCCCUCCCGCCAAACAAGCUGACGAAGAGGAUACAAAAAGACGAAGCACCACAGAAGAGUCAUCCGACAAUGAUCCCCCGCCAAAUAAGCUAAUGAAGAGGAGUCGUCGGCGAUCAGGGGAGAGCGGUCGGGGUAGAAGCAGAUUCCGUGCUCCGGAAGCAAUUCAACCUGAGGAUUCGUCACCCUGGGAGCGCCUUCAAAUGCGAUUUAACCUGUCAUUAAAUGAACCAGUUAUAAUUGCGACUCAAAAGGACAGCCUCUUAGUUGCUGUGAGAAAAUUCUCUGGUCCAGAUGCGGAGAAGAAACUAGACAUGCUGAGUUGA